GCCACCGCCGUCGAGUUCGGAGCGUGCUGUCAAUUUGACAUUUCAAUUUGACAGCUGGCUGUCCAUCACGCGUCCCGUGCCUCAUUUAAGAAUAAAAAACGAUUAAAUUUUCCAAAAAGAGAAACGAAUUCGUGUUCCGUUUUUGAAUAUUCGAAAAGGACUAGUGUUGUUCGAAGUAAGACGUUAUUUUUCGAAUCGAUUAAUGCAAUAUUCAAAUAAGUGACAGCUGUGUCAUCUAUAAUAAUCGGUACGGUCGUAUUAUUGAUGUUUAAAUGAAUUUAAAUCGUGUACUGACUGUAUAAUUUCGUCGGACGAUUCCCAUUGUGUUGUGUUCACGGUUGAUUUAGACUGUUGGUAUUACUGUGACGACGAAAAUGGCGUUUGAAGAUAGGUGCAGUCCUAAUCAGGCGAAUAGUCCUGGACCAGUCACGGGAAGAGUACCAGCGCCACACGCAGAAAACCCCGUUAAUUACUGCCCGCAAAGCCAGUAUACUUGCACAACAAUAGAACCGAGGUAUGAAAGGGCAUCGCCGAAUAUGACUAUAGUUAAAGUCCAGCCAAAUUCUCCCCCACCAAGUCCACAACCAAGUCAGAACGAAGAGAAUUUUAAUUACUACAGACCAGAAACGCCCGACGUGAAACCUGUGAUGAAUCAAGAAGCAUUCGAUUCGGAUCGAUGCCGACAGCAGCCGACGGUACCCAUCGCCUUUUCAAUCAGCAAUAUUUUACACCCCGAAUUCGGCCUUAACGCAAUACGAAAAACAAACAAAAUCGAAGGCCCAAAACCCGUCGGACCGAAUCAUAGUAUUCUAUACAAACCCUAUGACUUAUCGAAACAAAAGGACUAUCAGAAAUAUAGUUUCGAUUAUUUAAAAUUGAAAGAAUCGAAUGAUCACUUGCCACCACUAGGCGGGUUGAGACAGACCGUGUCUUCGAUUGGUGAAAUUCAAAAAGAGAAGGAACUGCCAAAGAUUAUUCCCGCAGAAAGGCACAUUGAGGCUCAGAAAAGGCCUGAUUCUGCUAGUUCCAUAGUCUCCUCGACCUCAAGUGGGGCGCCUUCAACAUGCGGAAGCACUGAUGCCAAUAGCCAGAAUUCUGGAAAUGCUAAUUUGUGGCCAGCUUGGGUGUACUGUACGAGGUAUAGCGACCGACCUAGUUCAGGUCCAAGAAGUAGAAGGAUGAAGAAAAAGGCGAACACUGAAGAGAAAAGACCACGUACUGCUUUCAGUGCAGCGCAGCUUGGAAGACUAAAGCACGAGUUCGCUGAAAACCGCUACCUGACAGAACGUCGGCGGCAAUCCCUAGCAGCAGAGCUGGGUCUAGCAGAAGCUCAGAUCAAAAUCUGGUUCCAGAACAAACGCGCCAAACUCAAGAAGGCUUCUGGGCAGAGGAAUCCAUUGGCUCUGCAGCUGAUGGCUCAAGGUCUUUAUAACCAUACUACAGUGACUGAAAGUGAAGACGAGGAAGAGAUCAAUGUAACGUAAAGAAGUUCUCCGCCAAUCCGCAUUUUUAUAAAGAUAGCGCAAAGUCGCGAGUAUUGUUAAUAGUAGAUAACGUGUCAACCUAUUGCUUGUAAUUUAAACAUUAUUCAGAUUUGUAUAUAGAUACAAGUUAUCCUUCAGAGGACUUGACCAUACUUAUGCGCAGGUCACACCGCGAACGAAGCUAAGCUAGCUAUAGAUUAGGAUCUUUCAUACUUCGGUUCACACUAAGCUAACCAAGGUAUCUUUUUUUUGUAUCUCCGCCACAGGGGCAGCGGAGAAGUUAUAGCGGACUUCUACCAGCUAAAACCCCACGGUGGCCUUCUCGGGUGCCCUAGUGGGAAGAAUCCGGGAUCAACUUGGCGCACCGGAACUCCCUCAGCACCUAGGUCUCCCGGUCACGCUCGGCGACCUCCUUCUGAAGCAUCACCGCUUCACAGAAGGAGACUACUGCCUCAUGAGACUCUUGAAAUAAGUCGCCCUUCUGCCGCCCUUCACUUCCGCGCAUAUCCAUAGUCACUACUUACUACGUAUUUUCUUAACUUAGUUUUGCAAUGCAACUACGUGAGAUGAGCUAAGUUAGCUAGCAUCGUUGGCGGUGUGGCCUGUGCUUUAUAUUCAACGUAGUAACUUUGAUGCAAUUAGCUUAAUAGUCAUCCUAAGCCAUUAAUAAUAACUGUGUAAAUGAUGUUAUAAAUUUUGUAAAUAUUUCUCAUUUACAAUUUUUUUUUUCAUAAAUAUGUAAACAUUAUGGUCAAUAUAAAUAGAAUAAACGUCUUGGCAAUUUAUAUAAAUUUCACAGAGAGUAGAAAUAAGGCAAUUAACCAUAGUAAGUUAAAAAGUUCUUGUAGCUAAUAACGUAGAGGCAAAAUAGUAAAAUGUUCCUGACUUGUAAAUAAUAUUUUUUAAUGUAUUUAUUUGAUUAAUUUUACAUUUAAACGUUAGCUCGUUUAUUAAAUUGUUUCAUUAAGUUUCAAAAUUUAAAAAUAAAUCACACCACGUGCUAUACACAUUAUUAAUGUAGAUAUUAUUUUUGAAUAGUCACAUACUUGCCACUUGUUUUCCAUACACACAAUAUUAGUUUUUUUUCAAAAGCUUUGUUUUGAAAAUAUAAUUAAGAUGCGAUAUGAUAACCAAAUAGAUUCUAAGAAAUUAUAGAAAACGUAAUAAAUUAGAACUUGGCCUGUGUACACUGCCGUGCGCAUUUUUCAGAUUAACGUGGUUUGAGAAUAUGAAAAUUUAAUAAUAUUUUAUGUUUUUGUGUAUACAUUUCUUUCUUAUUUUUCUAAAAGUUUAUGGUUUAGUCAAGCAAGUCUCUUCCA